AUGCUCACCACACACGCACCACACAGUUGGUUUCCUCCACUCCUACUGCGGAUUGGUGCCGUUCGGGGCUUCACUGCAGUAGCGGAGAAGAGCAAGGAGCCACCCAAGGCUGUUAUUGAGCUCUUCGACGUCCUUCGAGAGGAAUCUCUCAAUAGAAUGAAAGACUUCGAGGCUAAUCAUUUAUUCAGUCUAGUGUGGGCCUACUCUACGGCAAAGAGGUUGGAUAAGCAGCUGUAUGAAGCCUGUCUCGAUAGAGUACGGCAACUGGGCAAUAAGAAAGACGAAGCGAAAGGCCGCGGAGUCGGUGAGAGGCCUCAGCUGGUGGACAUGGACGAGAUGGAUACCACAGUUCCGGCUGUCCUCCACGAGACGAAGCAUUUAAGUGUCAUCUGGAAGCCUGCUCAUUGGCACGUGUCAGUGACUUCAGCUAUAGCAGGGGCGGCUGAGGGGGAGGUAGAUGACGCCACGGAUGAAGAGGCCGAGGCCAAGGAUGCUGCCUUCAAGACGAUGACUAGUGCCAACGGGAAUGCCUCUGGCUUGCAGGAAUGGGUAGAAGAGGCCUACUCUGGUUACCCGAUAGCAAGGGAUCGUCAUCAUGCCCAUGGUAUACUACAUCGCCUUGAUGUGGGCACUAGCGGUCCUCUACUGUUGGCCCAUAGUUAUAAAGGCUUCUAUAUGGGCCGGUUGGUCUUCUGCUCCCACCAGAUCGACAAAGAAUACGUUGCAUUGGUGAAAGGCCAUAUGGGAACUGUUGGGAAGAACAUCGUUAUAAGCGAUCGAAUCAAAAUCCUCAAGUCGACUCUGGACAAUGGGCAGUCCUACAGCACCACUUGUGUAGUAGCGCCUGAUGGAAAGCCUUCCCUCACAGAAGUUGUACCGGUGGCCCAUUACAAUGACGGAUCUGGCGAGGAAUAUUCGUUGGUGUUAGUGAAGUUGCAUACAGGAAGAACACAUCAGAUUAGAGUGCAUAUGGCGUACAUUGGUCAUCCCUUGGUAUGCGAUCCGAAGUACGGCAAUCCGACCGACCCCGAGGCUGCCAAGGCGGUGUGUGCAAUAGACAGAUUGUGGUGUCCUCGGACCUUCCUGCACAGCUAUCGACUCUGUUAUAAUCAACCAAUGGAUGUUGUUGAUGAGAAGGAUGCUACUGUGGACGUGUACGUGCCGAUGCCUUUGGAUCUACGUCUGGCUCUAGCCAAGUUGACUCCUAUAGAGGAGCAUUGCGCUGAGACUGCACGAUGGCUGAGUGGCAAGAAGUGCGGUAUCGAGGGAAAGAGCUUCGAGUCGAAAUGCGAAAAGGAGAAGGAUGCUGUUGGCGUAUGA